CAAAACAAUUUUAAAAGAAUUUCAGAAACGUGUAUGUGUUUCCAAUUUAAAUACGCAGUGUCAUGACAGUGCUAGUGUUAAAUCAGUGCAACCGGAACGAAAUGACAAAAAUAUCGCAUCGCAGUCAUUUACAUUCGUAUCUCAGGCGCGUGAUGCUAUAGGUAAGAACGAACGAGUCGCCUGCGCAUCGAAUAUAACACAUAACACGCAUUCGAUAAUGCAUAAUAUUUCACCGAGCGGAAGGCAGCGGCCGUUUGACAAAUCUACACGAGUGCAUGUACCGUCUUAUCGCGAUAUUAUUCUUAAUUCAAACAAUUCAACAAUGCAAGAACGUCAUACUAUGCGACAUGAUGACAGUUUUAUAAUUGUUGAACGUAAAAAACGUAGAAAGUUAAAUAAUAAUUUGACCGGCACCGCACGGUGUUCUAAUAAAUUACAAACUGCUGAUUUAACAUCUGCUGUGUACGUAUCUCGAUUAAGAAAAACCACGACAGCUGAUGAUGUGAGAGAUUAUAUCAUGGAGAACGGUGAAGAAUGUCUUAAAAUUGAGUUAUUGACACAGAGACAUGACACCGAUUUUUGUUCAUAUAAAUUAACUGUACCAAGGCGCAAAUUAAAUACAUUCUUGAGUAAUGACUUUUGGCCUGAGGGCGUAAAAUUUAGAUUGUACCGUGAGCACACGGCGAGAGGAAAUAAACCGUCUUAAAAUUUACUACAAUAUGGAUAUCACAACCACAAGAAUAAAAAUAUCAUCUUUUAACUGUAAGAAUAUUAAGAAAUCUUUAAUGACUAUAAAAUAUUUAACUGACACCUCGCAACUUAUAGUGCUGCAAGAGACGUGGCUAUUGGAACAUGAGUUGAAUUUCGUCCAUAGUAUUAAUAGCCAGUUUGGAUGUGUAGCAAAAUCUUCUGUAGAUUCUUCUGUUCUUCUUCGAGGGCGUCCUUUUGGAGGGCUCGCCAUCAUGUGGCACAAGGGUUUAUUUCCAAACGUAAUACCGGUUGAAUGUUUAAAUAAUAGGAUACAGGCGGUGCGUGUGUGUCUUCAUUCGGGUUCAUUUCUGUUAGUGAAUGUGUAUAUGCCGACGGACCAAAGUGAGAAUGUUGAAGAGUUUACAGAGUGUUUGGCACAAAUUUAUGCUAUUAUAGAGGAAUCCGAUGUCCAGGUAGCAUAUAUCCUGGGCGACUUAAAUGCUCAUCCAGGUGCUAGAUUCGAUGUUGGUGCUGGAAGAAGAAACGGACAGCCGGCGGGAUGUGCUGAGGCAGCGUCGUGGAAAUGACAAACACUAUGUGUAUGAUAGAGUGUUCGCCGAAGAAAGCACGCAGGAUGAUGUGUACGAUGCAGUAUGUGCGCCACUCGUUGGGGAUACUUUGAACGGCAUAGCUGGUGCUGUGUUCGCCUACGGAGCGACUGGCGCCGGCAAAACUCACACCAUGACGGGACUUAUGUCCAGGGCUCUCAGCCAUCUCUUCUCUGCGAUAACCAAGAACGAGAGCCACGAUUCCUUCGAGGUCAAAAUGUCAUACAUCGAGAUAUACAACGAGAAUAUUCGGGAUUUGCUGAACCCCAGCGCGGGACCCUUGGAGCUCCGGGACGAGGGCAGCAGCGGGGCACCCACCGUCGCUGGACUCAGUGAGAUCAAGGCAACAGAUGCUUCGCACGUCGCCGAGCUGCUGGCCAAGGGUGAUCGUGCAAGAACCGCUGAACCCACGCAAGCCAAUCAACACUCUUCGCGAGGACAUGCUCUGCUAAGCGUUUCAGUUAAUAAGAAAGUAUCAGCGGGCAUGCAACGAGGAAGAUUGUUUCUGAUUGACUUGGCGGGCUCGGAGAAGGCGGGGACACGGGCUCGUCGGCUGGAAGGAGCUCACAUCAACCGGUCGUUGUUAGCUCUGGCUAACUGUAUCAUGGCACUGUCCGGAGGGGCAAGAUACGUGAACUACCGGGACUCGAAGCUGACGCGGCUUCUACGAGAGGUUCUCGGAGGAAGAUGUCGGACCGCGAUGAUAGCUCACGUCUCGCCGGCGGCCGAACACAGAGACACUACUCGCUCCACGUUACACUACGCCCAGCGAGCAUCCACCAUCACCAAUAAGGUGCAACGGGAACUGGUUCAAACACCGAUGCAUUUAUCUCAAUAUCGCGUUGUUAUCAACGAGCUUCGUGAAGAAAUCGCAAGGCUUAAGGUUAAAAUGAAGGAUGACCGUACAAGCAAACCAAAUGAAGACAGCCAAGGAGCAUUGGAAAUUUUAAGCCCAGUCGAUUCAGAGCAGAAUGCAACGCAUUUAAAGACACUGCGAGAGGCAAUUGUAUCAACGUUUAAGCAGCAAAUGAGGCUACGACGAAGACUAAUGGAGCUGGACAGCCACCUUCUGGGAUUGGCGCUGGAUGCAGAAAGGCAACACGCAGCUAUAUCACACUGGGAGGCCAGGUUCAACCGUCUCUACAAACCUAUCAGCUUUAACGGAUCCAGGCUGAGCACCCAACAGAGCUAUAGGGGAGUAACGGGUAUGGCUGUGAGCGGCAGCACAGAGCGGGCUGAAGCAGAGGUAGCGGUAGAACAGGCGUGGUCGGAGCUGGCGGCUGUCGAGAGGGAACAGGAGGCUGCGAGGCUGGAGCGGGACCGAGUGGAACGGCAUCUGGAGCAGGUGCGGCUGAGGGGCGCGCAGUUAGAGAAGGAGUUACCAGCUCAUAUCAGCAGCGGUCCUGAGCGUGAGGUGCUGGCGCUAGUGUGCCGCGUGCAUGAGCUGGAGGCAGACAAGUUGGCGCUUCAGGGAGAGCGCGCGGCCAGAACCCACGAGCUGCGCAGACGAGACCUGGCGCUGCAGCGACGAGACGCGCAGACCAGGCUCACUGACGAGAUCAUCACCAGACAGCGACGUCAGCUCGAAGAACUGGGUGUUGCAGUACAACCGGACUUGGCGCAACUAUACGAGUUGUAUCAACAGGAGAUUCACGCCUCCACUUACACAGAGAGCAACGAUAUAUUCAAUUCACAUCGCUUACCACCUAUCUCUAGCAGUCUAUCAGAGCUAACGUGGUCGGAGAGUUCGAGCGGCUCUGGGCGAGGGUCCAGCUCAGGGUCCGGUGGCACGCUGAUGGUAGACCGGCUGCCGCGACUGGCGCCCACACCUCGACCACGGACCAGAUACAGCCAAGCAAGUUCUACAACAUUGAAGCGAUACUCUAGUGACGACAGUCUAGUAAUGGCGGCUCCGAGAGGAAGUGACGGCGCCCCUUGAGCUUCGCCACAGACAAAAAAUAAUUGUGUCAUUCAAUCGAUUGAUCGAUCAUUUAUUCGGUUUAAGAUGUGUGUAGUAUGAAUUUU